AUGAGGAGUCGCUUAGGGAUCAAUGCCAAGCGGUCUUCCAAUCACCGAUUCGAGCAGAUUCCGGAUCUGCCUCACGACAAGAUGAACCCCAACGAUGCGACUAUCGACAUUCCUUUGACCGAGACCGUUAGCAGGAGCCAGAAUGGCGCCCGCAAAUGGGGCUCCCAUUCCAACACUACCGCCGCGGAGGAUGGGGAAAAGGCUCCUCUUCACACUGGCCCGGGCAAACGUCGUCGCACCGAAAUCAAUGAGAUGACCGGUAAAGCGGCUGCCUCGCCGGAGGACGGUUCUAUCAACAGACUGGGUCGCAUCUACCAGGCCAUCUACAAUUUUUCUAUCGUCACUCGUUACAUGAUCUACGUCAUUCCCCUCGGUCUUUUGAUUGCUGUUCCCAUAAUUGUGGGCGCCACGGUUGCGCAGGACGCUUACAUUGGUGGUGUCCACCUUUACUGGUUCUUCACUUGGGUUGAGGUUGUUUGGGUCAGUCUGUGGGUGUGCAAGAUCUUCACCAAGUUCAUUCCCUAUGUUUUCCAGACUCUUUGUGGUUUUGUCAGUUCGGGAACUCGCAAGUACGCUCUCAUUCUGCGCUCCCUCGAGGUCCCUAUUACCAUUGUACUUUGGUGUGUAAUCUCGCUAGUGACCUUCCUUCCGAUCAUGCGAUAUGGAGUUGAUAAUAGCACCGCCGUUGAAUCCUGGGAGAAGAGCAUCAAGAACAUCCUCUUUGCGUUGCUUGUCUGCAGUUUGAUCUUCCUCGCCGAGAAGGCUCUUGUUCAGCUCAUCUCCAUUAGCUAUCACCGAAAGCAGUUUGACUCCAAGAUCAAGCAGUCCAAGCGCAAUGUCUAUCUCGUCGGUCUCCUCUUCGAAGCUUCGCGCAACAUGUUCCCCAUGUACUGCCCCGAGUUUAUUGACGAGGACACCACCAUACUUGAUCCCUUUCUGGGCCAGGUUGGUGGCAGCAGUCAGAGCAAGCACAGCUCAGUGAUGCCCCUGCGCAUGAUUCAGAAUGUCGGUCGUCAAGUCGGACAGAAUGUCGGCCGCAUUGGUGACAAGGUUACUGCCGCCUUUGGCAACGUCGCUUCCGAACUCACAGGCAAGCAAGGGUUCAACUCGGCCGCUACCCAUUCCGUUGUUAUCCAGGCUCUGGAGCGGAAGCGUUGCGCUGCAGCUAUGGCUCGGCGUAUCUGGAUGUCCUUUGUCAUGGAGGGCCGCGAGUCUCUCUAUCUGGAGGAUAUUAUCGAGGUUCUGGGACAUGAACAUGAGGCCGAGGCUGAGGAGUGCUUUGCUUCGCUGGACAAGGACGGCAAUGGUGAUAUCUCUUUGGACGAGAUGAUCCUAACCAUCACCGAAUUUGGUCGCAUGCGUAAGUCUCUGAACAGCAGUAUGCACGAUGUUGACCAGGCUAUUCGCGUUCUGGACAAUCUGCUGCUUUCUGUUGCCUCCCUUGUCGGUGUUCUUGUCUUCAUUUCUUUCGUCACUACUGGAUUUGGUACCGUCAUUGCCGCUGGUGCUACUUCGCUGCUGUCUCUGUCUUUCGUCUUCUCAACCACAUGUCAAGAGGUACUCGGUUCGUGCAUUUUCCUGUUUGUCAAGCACCCCUUCGACAUUGGCGACCGCGUCGAAAUUUCCGACAAGUCGUACGUUGUCGAGCGCAUUUCUCUGCUGUUUAGUGUUUUCCGCAACGUCGGUGAUCAUCGCGUCACUCAGGUGCCCAACAACAUCCUGAACAGUCUGUGGGUCGACAACUUCACUCGAGCCAAUGCAAUGCACGAGCAGCUCUCUGUUCCUGUCGCAUUUGAUACGUCCUUCGCCGAGAUCCAGGCUUUGCGCGAGGAAAUGGAGUUGUUCGUCCGCGACAAGGAGAAUUGCCGUGACUUCCAGCAGGAUAUUGACGUUGAGGUGGUCGGUGUCGGUGACAUGGAUAAGCUCGAGCUUCGUGUCGACAUCCGUCAUAAGUCCAACUGGUCCAAUGAGACUGUCCGUGCCGCUCGUCGCUCCAAGUUCAUGUGUGCUUUGGUUCUCGCUGUGCGCAAGGUCCGCAUCCGUGCUCCUGGUGUCGCCGCCCCCGAAGAGGAGGAGAAGAUGGAUGAGGGCGGUGAUGAUGACAAGGGUGACAACCCUGGUGUCGAAGCUGCUGCUGGCGAUCGCAAGUCUUCGCAGACUACUGGCUUGGCUGCUCCUGCUGCCGCUGCUACGGCAGCGAACGACACGCUAUAUCCCAACACUGCUGCAGCGACGGGCUUUGAACAGAACCGCUCUUCGGGUACCGUCUCCCAUCGCGGAUCCAGCGCCAUGCAGCGUGAGGCCGCCAUCGCCGACCGUCUGAACGCCCGCUCACCUGCUGUCGACAUUGGCCGCGAAGAGCAGACUGAAGGCCCCCACCGCACGGUCACCCGCGCCUCCAGCCAGGGCCGCCUAAGUGUCCACAGCUCAGUCUCCAACAACGCGCCAUACCGCGGCCUCUCGACCGGCCAUCGCAAGGCCGGUCUGCGCGCCUCAUAUAACGACGGAGAGGUCCCUAUGCCCCCGCCCCUCUCCACUGUGCAAGGAGGCAUGACCCCAUCCAACAGCGAAGUUCCCAUCCUUAGCCACCCUGCACCUCCAGGUUCUCGUGGUAGCGCCCGCUACGAGCCUCCCAAUCAGGCCGCCACACUCCCUAUCAUCGGCGCGCCCGAGCCCGACAACUACCACCCUUACUACAACCAAGACACAUCCUACGAGCCCACAACCCUGACUGGGGAGGCUCAACCUUUCUCCGGCUUGACCGAGUCAUCCUCGCACUACGAGGUCCAAGAUCGUUAUGACCCUGUCUCGCCCCCCUCCAUCUACUCGCCGCAACCUCCCCGACCUGCUGCCUUCUCCCCUGCGACUCAGCCCCAAGAUACCAACACGAACCCCACUCACCGUUCCUCGUUUAUCUCACGGACGCUGAAGCGUGACAAGGACAAGUCCCAGAGUGAUGGCGAAGCGUGA